AGCUAGAAACAAAACGACUGACCACUGAGAGACGCAAACAACUGCCUCUCCGCCAAAUCCCUCUCUCUCUCUCUCUCUGUCUCUCUCUCUCUCUCUCUCUCCAAGCCAUGACUGGGGCUUCCAAGAACCACCACCAGCCGUCCUCUUCCCGGCCACCCAGAAACCCUAACCUCACUACCAUCAACAGCACGCUGACUAACUUCCAAAAUGCCAACCCUAAUCCUAAUUCCUCCACUACUCCUAAUUCACCGAUCAUUCCCUCCGAACAAGACCAGGUUCUCUCACACGCCACCCACCUCACGCGCCAAGAACUACUUAAGCGUCGCUCCUACAACCUCAAGCAGCUUUCCAAAUGCUACAAAGACCACUAUUGGGCUUUAAUGGAGGAGCUCAAGAUACAGUACAGAAACUACUACUGGAAGUACGGUGUCAGCCCAUUCAAAGAAGACCAUCCCUUCCUCCAACAGCAAAAGCAAGAGAAAGGGGGCGGUGGCAGUGUUUUAGACAGAGAAAGUGUAGAGAAAGAAGGUGGGAGUUUUAAUAUUGAAGUAAUUGGUGAAAAUAAUAAUGGUAAUGGUAAUAGUACCCUUCCUACUAAUAAGGGUAAUUUGGAUUUGAAGAACAACCAUAGAUGUCUGUUUGUGGGAUGUAAGUUAAAGGCCAUGGCUUUGACUAGCUUUUGUCAUCUGCAUAUCCUUUCUGAUGCCAAGCAGAAGCUCUACAAGCCCUGCGGUUAUGUCAUCAAGAGUGCUCAGGCAGGACCUAUAACAUGUGGAAAGCCAAUAGUGAGAUCAACUGCUCCUUCUCUCUGCACUGUACACUUCCAAAAGGCUCAGAAACAUGUAACUCGGGCUUUGAAGAAAGCAGGUCUUAAUGUUUCCUCAUCAAGUAAACUUGCUCCUAAGUUCCAUGUCAUAGUGGCAGAAUAUGUGCGUCAAAUCCAAGCAAAAAGAAAAGCUGCAGAAAGAGGAAAUAGAAUCAAAGUUUUAGAUAAGGAAGUGACUGCUAGUUAAUUCAGUCAUUCUGGACAUGACUGGUGGAGUAUGCAUGGCAGUGUACUUUGUCACAAAAACCAAAGGUUAGAUUUUUUCCUUACCAAGCAUUAACUGGAAGAACGGAGUGAUGUCAUGUAAUUGUGUGUUUGAUUUUUCUGAAGUUGCCUUAAGAAUCUCUUUCAUUAACAUGUUUUGUGAUGCUGCUCUUUUUUAUUCUGUUUUUUUUUUUUUUUAAAAAAAGAACAUAUUCUGUUUUGGUUAUUUGUUCUUUGUUGUCCAUUCAUCUAGCGAUCUUCAAAAAUGCAUACAUUAUGUUAAAUGUAUCCUAAUAUUCCCAAGUUCGCCAAAUACAUUAGUGUUCUGUGGCUGUCAGAACUAGGCAAGUUUGAAAGAAAGUAUAUUUUUUGUAAUUUUUGAAGAAUAUGACUUGCAGAAUGUUAUAUUCUGAAUUAGAAUCAUUAGAUUGCCAAACUAAGUUGCUUAACCUGGUCUCCUGGUGACAAAGGCAUACCUUCAUCAUUGAAUCUGUUGUAGUGAUGUUUAACAUAAUCAAGUUAAAACGUAACUCCUGUAGAUAUGUUAAUGGGGCUGUAGGUCUGUGAGUUGAGACCAUCUCAAAAAUGUUGUAGGUUUUGUUAGUUCCUCACAUGUAUUGACCUAAAUAAUUUCUCCUUCGCACUCAGGUAGCUUUCUUUAUGUUCAUUAAAGAAAUCGAUACUAGGUCUAGUUCGUAUAUUUACCAGGAACAUGCCAACACUGUAGUACCAAAUUGAUUCAAGGUCUAUUUUGUGAACAACAAAUCUACGUAUUAUGUCUAUAUUUAGGUGACUGAAUUUGAGUAAACACUAGUAGACAAAGAACAAAUUGUAGAAGUUAAAGCCAAGGCUGAUGUGCUUUCCAUUGUAUUUCAUCUAGUUGCCACUAAAGUUCAGAUGAUGUAUUGCUAAAAAAACAAUUGAGACACUUUCUAAGCAAUUAUUUACCAAUAAGUGGCAUUUUCUGUACUCUAAAUGUAGAAUAUCUUAGUUAGGGAUAUGAUAGUUGAACUUUUUAACUGACAACAGUUAUAAAUUUAGUCACCAACUUACGUGGCCCCUGUUCAAACCAGAUUUGUAUAAAUAGGAACUCAUAAUUAGGCCUGUAUAAUGCAUCAACCUUUUUUUUCUUUAUGCAAGAAGGUGCAAAAGUAUAGUAUGUUGAAGAAGCAUAAAUGUUGCUUACACAAAAUAUAUGUAGCAUUUUGUCUUGCUAUCAUUGUUAUAAUGUGUGAUUGUGCAACUUUAGGGUUUGUUCUAAUUUUUAUGUUUCACAGUGGUAUCUAUCAGAAUAAUGUUAUUUGUUGUCAAUUCACAGUUUCUUUUUUGCAUUUAUUUUGCUUAAUUUUUCAUUUACUAUGUCUUAGCGUUAGCUGUUAUAAUUUAGAAUGUUGUUCUCAAAUACCGUUUAAGCCUUCUUGUAUUGGCAGGAUAAUUUUUUUUUUCCCAGGUGAAGUCUUGUCAGAGUGUUAGAUGUUAAAAGGAUCAAUGGUAUGUAUGUAUUUAUGUACCAAGUACAUGAAAGCUGUAUGUCUUCAAUGUCAACUAAAUAACAUCUUUCUUGGAUAUAAGUCUACGAGAUGUUCAUACCCAAGCCCAUGCCUUUGAAUGCAGAGUUAUAAUAUUUUAAAUCCCAAGCCUAUACGAAAAGGAAAAAUAAUACUGUUUUACUUCUUGUAGAGAUUAAUAUUUUGAACCUGUGUGUUAAUUGUAAAAGCUUGUGUUGUCAUUCUGUUUCA